UACACGUGUGUGCGUGUUUUUUUAAGUUAAACAUGUAUGGACGAUUGAUGACGUCAGGCGUCACUCCAGCGGCAGUCGGUCAUGGAACUUACGACGUCACUUAAUUUACGAGUAAAAUAAAAGGAUGAAUCAACAGCAGCGAGGAGCCGUGUAUCUGAUCACAGGAGGCUGCGGCUUCCUGGGCAAACACAUGCUGAGGAUUCUACUGGAGAAGGAGGACGACGUGGAUGAGAUCCGUGUGUUUGAUAAACACGUAGACACCACUGUAAACGGACAGAGCACAGAGCGCACAAAGGUGGUGGUCAUUCAGGGGGAUAUCACUGAUUACGACAAUGUGUUGGAGGCCUCCCGUGGAGCUGAUGUUGUCAUCCACAUGGCCAGCUUGGUGGACGUCUGGCACAGAGUCCCAGAGACCCUCAUCCACUCAGUCAAUGUCACAGGAACAGAGCAUGUGAUCAAGGCCUGUGUGGAGUGUGGUAUCCAAAAUCUGGUCUACACCAGCAGCAUGGAGGUUAUUGGCCCCAACGUCAACAGAGACCACUUUAUUAGGGGCAAUGAAGACACACCGUACCUUGUGAAACACAAUAUGGCCUACCCCAAGAGCAAAGCACUGGCAGAGAAAAUUGUGCUGGAGGCAAAUGGAAAAAUGGUGAAAGGUGGACAGUGUUUAUACACAUGCAGUCUGAGGCCGACAGGGAUCUAUGGUGAAGGGCACGAGCUUUUCAGGGAAUUCUACAAACAGGCUGCUGAAAAUAGAGGCUUAGUUUUCAACGGUGUCCCCGCUUCCACGGAACACGGGCGAGUCUAUGCAGGCAACGUGGCUUGGAUGCAUGUACUUGCAGCCCGAGCCCUGAGGGAGCGCCCGCAGACAGUUGGAGGAGAGGCUUUUUUCUGCUAUGACGACUCACCCUACAAGAGCUAUGUGGAUUUCAACAUGCAGUUCCUAUCCGCGUUCAACUUCCGUGCUGUCCGCAUUCCCUUUGUGGUGAUCUGGUUUUUAGCCAUGGUUAAUGACCUGCUUCGUUGGAUAAUGAGCCCCUUUUAUAACUACACGCCGUUGCUGAACAGUUACACCUUUUCUGUCGUUAGUACCUCAUUCACUGUGGGCACAGACAAAGCCUUACGUUACUUCCAGUACCGGCCCCUGUACGACUGGGAUCAGUGUCAAGCUCGCACACAGAAAUGGGUCAGUACGCUCCCUCUGGAGAAACUAAAAGACUCUUAAUAUGACCUCCAUUACUGCAACAUGCACCAAAUGCUUCUAUGGACUCCCACGGCACCACACAGAGUAUAUGACAAAAGUGUGUGACCUGCUUUUAAUUUAUGACACAAAAGUGUGAUAACAAUUGAUUUAAUCUUUCCCAGAUUAAAAAAAACCAGACUGCGGAACUUUGCAUUGUGCUUUUGUCGUACUUUACAAUGCAUUAGUUUGUGUUCCUGCAGUACAGUCGCUGUUCUAGAAAAGUUUCACUGUGACUAACGCUACGCGAGAUUGUUAAAUUUGUUAUUAUAUUAUUUUUAAUAUAAUUUAUAUCAGAGAUUGUCUUACGUAAGCAUUUAAUUAAUUCUAUUUAUUGUAUCAGAGAUUGUCUUAUAUCAGCAUUAUAAGUCUAUACAUUUUCACCGACAUUACUACAUUUAUGUCGACUUCAUUGAUGUCAGUGUUGUAAGCUUCACACUGACGUCAGAAAUUGUAUCCUGUGAAGUUUUUGUCAUUUUCAAUAAAGAUUGUUUGACAUUUAG